AACACAACAAAACAAAACAUAUUUCUAUCCUGAACUUUCGAAUUUUCGUGGAUGAAAUCCAAAUGGGUUUUCCAAAAACUGACUCCCAACCUUCCUUCAUGUUUCUCCUCUCUCUUCUCCCCAUUCAAAACCCAAAGACUCUACCAAUUCCCAUUUUCAUAUCCCUCCGAACUUGUUCUCAACCAUAUAGACAUAAGCCUCCUGUUAUCCAUCUUUGGGAAACAAGGAUUUUUCCUUCUGGGUUCCUCUAUCCACGCUUCCCUCGUAAAAAACCCUGAAAUUUUUAAUCCAAAUGAAGAUUUUAAGGAUUCCAAUAAUGCUGUUGUUAUUUGUAAUUCUCUCCUUGGAAUGUACUCAAAAUGUGGCACUUUAACUGAUUUGACGAAGCUGUUUGAUGAAAUGCCAAUAAGAGAUACCAUUUCGUGGAACACGAUGGUUUCCGGGUUUUUAAGGAAUGGGGAGUUUGAUAAGGGUUUUGGGUACUUCAAACAGAUGAGAAAAUCGGGUUUUUGUUGGUUUGAUCAAGCGACUUUGACUACUAUUUUAUCAGCUUGUGAUGGUAUGGAGUUUUGUUAUGUUAAUAAGAUGAUGCACGGAUUAGUGUUUUUGAAUGGAUAUGAAAGGGAAAUUAGUGUAGGGAAUGCUUUGAUAACUUCAUAUUCUAAAUGUGGAAGUUUGAGUUCGGGGAGACAGGUUUUUGAUGAGAUGUUUGAAAGGAAUGCUAUUACUUGGACAGCUAUGAUAUCAGGGCUAGUGCAAAAUGACUUGUAUGAAGAAAGCUUGGAAUUGUUUAAUAACAUGCGUUUGGGAUCAGUGUGUCCAAAUUCUUUAACUUAUUUAAGCACAUUGAUGGCAUGUUCUGGUUUGCAAGCACUAAAGGAAGGGCGUCAAAUUCAUGGUCUUUUAUGGAAGCUAGGGUUUCAGUCCGAACUCUGUAUUGAGAGUUCACUAAUGGACAUGUAUUCUAAAUGUGGAAAUGUGAAUGAUGCUUGGCAGAUUUUUGAAUCUGCACAAGAUCUUGAUGAGGUUUCUAUGACUGUAAUCCUUGUGGGUUUGGCACAAAAUGGAUUCGAGGAAGAAGCUAAACGGAUUUUUGUAAAAAUGUUUGAGUCAGGAAUUGAAAUUGAUCCUAACAUGCUGUCAGCUGUUUUGGGGGUAUUUGGUGAGGAUACUUCAUUGAGUUUGGGUAAGCAGAUUCAUUCUUUAAGCAUCAAAAGAAAUUUUGGUUUUAACUCUUAUGUUAAUAAUGGGCUCAUCAACAUGUAUUCCAAGUGUGGAGAUUUAGAGGAGUCAGUCAAAGUCUUCAGUCGAAUGGCUCAAAGGAACUCAAUCUCGUGGAACUCUAUGAUUGCAGCUUUUGCUCGUCACGGGCAUGGCUUUAGAGCACUACAGUUAUAUGAGGAGAUGAGAUCAGAAGGUAUAGAGCCAACAGAUGUUACAUUCCUCUCAUUGCUUCAUGCUUGUAGCCAUGUGGGCUUAGUCGAAAAGGGCAUGAAGGUCUUGAAAUCCAUGACUGAUGUGCAUGGAAUAAUUCCCAGGGUAGAACACUAUGCAUGUGUGGUUGACAUGUUAGGCCGGGCAGGGCUCCUAAAUGAAGCUAAGACUUUCAUCGAGGGAUUGCCUAUUAAGCGAGAUGUGCUUGUUUGGCAAGCAUUGCUUGGUGCCUGCGGCAUUCACGGUGAUUCUGAAACAGGGAAAUAUGCAGCUGAUCAGUUACUUUUGCAAACACCGCAAAGCCCAGUGCCAUAUGUUUCAAUGGCAAACAUAUAUUCUUCAAGAGGCAAAUGGAAAGAAAGAGCAACGACCAUUAAGAGAAUGAAGGAAAUAGGGGUGGUGAAAGAAACCGGGAUAAGUUGGAUAGAGAUUGAAAACAAAGUCCACAGCUUUGUUGUUCGGGACAGAAUGCACCCGCAAGCUGAGGUCAUAUAUGGGGUUUUGGAGGAGCUAUUCAGACUCAUGUUAGAUGAAGGUUAUGUGCCAGACAAGACGUUUAUUCUCAGUUACAUACACCAAGAAGCCAGGGACUCGAGAACUGUUACAGAUCCCAACGGUCAAAUUUUCUCUUCUUUUGGUAUGAGGUCCCCACGUCGUCGUUUCUCUUCUCGACCGACAGUUAAUUGCAGAGGUAGAACCGGAGAGGAUCCUCCUCCGGUUCUCUCCACUUCCUCCGCUUAUUCCAUCCUCGGCGUCCACCCUUACUGCUCCGCCGACGAGCUCAAAGCUGCUUUCCGCUCCAAAGUGAAGCAGUAUCAUCCUGAUGUAAACAGAGAUGGAGGAGAUUCUGAUACGAUGAUCCGCCGUGUAAUCCAGGCCUAUGAGCUCUUAUCCAAUUACAGCCGGUCCGAGAUCAUUGAGAGGGAAUGUUUAGAUCCCUUUGACAGCCCUGAAUGCGAAGCAUUUGAUGUUUUUGUUAAUGAAGUUCUUUGCGUUGGCAAAGGGUGUCCAUAUUCAUGUGUAAAGAGAGCCCCUCAUGCAUUCACAUAUGAUCCUUCAACUGGAACUGCACGUGCAACUUCUCAAGGACAUCCUGAAGACUACCAAGUUCAGCUUGCAGUUGGUCAGUGCCCAAGAAGUUGCAUCCAUUUUGUGACACCUUCCCAAAGAAUUAUUCUAGAGGAGCUACUUGAUAGCAUCCUGAACGUGCCUUUUGAUAUUUCAGCAGAGGCAGACUUGCUUUAUUCUCUUAUAGUUAAAGCUAAGUUUGAAAACAAUAGGUACCAAAAGCCAAAGAAGCAACCGAAAACUUCCGCCAAAAAUGUUGAUUGGUUUUGACCUAUGAGUAGAUCAAAGUAAUGUCUGAUCCUGAAAACCACAUCCAGCCAACAGUGUUUCAGCUUUCGUCAAAGAAAGUGCAACAGAUAAUAUAUGAGCAUUUGCUGGUGAUUUGUUGUGCGUGUUUCUUUGGGGAAAGGUAGCUGAACAGAAGUGUACAAUGAUAACAGAAAGACAUUCACAAUGCUAAAACUUGAUGUUCUGUUGGUUACUGGAGGAGAGAGGAGCAUAACUAAGAGGAAUUGCGAGACUCCUUUUGCAUUUGGGAUAUGUAAUAAUGGUUUGUAGGAAAAUGUAAAUUGAUUUUAUAGCCAUGUAUAUGAUGCCAGUGCAAUUUUGAUCCCAUCUUCUCUCUAUCCUAGAUACCAUACCUGUAGGGUCAUUUUCUUGUUGUCCGAACACUUACAACUUUGAGCCAACCAUGAGAGAGAUAUUACUUAUUAUCAAAAGGAAAGUACAGUACAGACUGUAUCGUAAAAUUUACUGAUAUUAGCAAAAGGAAGGUUUGAUUUAGAUUGUAUCACAAGAGCUAACUUUGAAUCUUAAGAUUGUAUAUGCUAGUUUUGUUUUAUCAAUUAAACGGCAAGGGAUUUUUGGGUUUUGCACAGGACAUUCUUUUUCAGACAAUUCAAGCAGAUUUAUUUUUAUCAGAUCUAACGAACUCAUGGAAAAAUGACGGAGAAGUGUGUGUAAGCAACUAACCU